AUGGCGCCUGCUCCUACCGACACCGAAUGGUCGGUCAAAUAUGACACCCUGCGUCGAGAGAACCUCUUCCAAAACCCUCCUAAAGAUCACACAGCCUAUCCGUCGCUAGCUGAAUCCAUUAAGCCGCAUAUCGACUCAUUCAAUGCUCUCUUCGACGACAUCAACAUCCUGAACGAAGGACUGAAGGAAAUCGGUACCAAGGUCAUUCUCGAUGGAAGCCCUGAAACCCCUGCGCAGAAGGAAGCUCGUAUGGAACAGGGACUUCGUGCCCCGAAGCGGAACCGUCUGAGUGUGCGCGUGAAGGAACUCUUCCUCGAAAAACCUACUUUACCGGCCACCAACAAGUUCAGCACUAAGAACCGUGAAAUUUAUCCUUCCGAGUGCCGUGAGAGACAUGCAAGUUACCGUGGCAAGCUUCGUGCUCGUCUUGAGUGGCGGGUUAACAAUGGUGACUGGAUGCAGUCAGUGCGAGAGCUCGGUCAGGUCCCCAUUAUGGUGCGCACUAACCGCUGUCACCUUGAAAAUGCUACCCCGGAAGAGCUGGUGCGCCACAAGGAAGAAUCUGAAGAAUUGGGUGGUUACUACAUUGUCAAUGGUAACGAGAAGCUUAUUCGUAUGCUGAUUGUCGGCAAGCGGAACUACCCUAUGUCUAUUAUUCGUGGUUCAUUCGUUAAGCGUGGUCACACCUAUACCAAGUUCGGUGUACAGAUUCGAUCUGUUCGUCCUGAUCAAACUUCUCAAACUAAUGUCCUUCACUACCUUUCGGAUGGUAAUGUCACCUUCCGAUUCUCAUGGCGCAAGAACGAGUACCUGGUUCCUGUUAUGAUGAUCCUCAAGGCUCUGGUUGAGACCAACGAUCGCGAGAUCUUCGAAGGCAUCGUCGGUGCUGCCAACUCCAAGGGAAUGAAGAACACUUUCGUCACAGACCGUGUCGAGCUCUUGUUGAGAACUUACCAGGCCUACGGCAAGCACAGCCAGACCGACUGCCGUGCUCACCUGGGCAAGUGUUUCCGCCCUGUGUUGGGUCUGUCGGCAGAUGUUUCUGAUGAGGAGGUUGGUGAUGAGUUCUUGCGUAAGGUUGUUCUUCCUCACUUGGGAUGCUACGAUGUUACCGAAACACAAAACUACGACAAGUUCAAGAUGAUCAUCUUCAUGAUCCGCAAGCUGUACGCUUUGGUUGCUGGUGACUGUGCUCCUGAUAACCCCGAUGCGGUCUCUAACCAGGAGGUUCUGCUUGGUGGUUUCUUAUACGGCAUGAUCCUAAAGGAACGUAUCGACGAGUGGCUUCGAGCGCUUAGCCCUCUUGCCCGGGAUUGGAAUAUUCGUAACCCUGGCGGGUUCGUGGAUCCUGCUUUUGAGCGUGACUUCUUAUCCAAGAUUGUCAAGCGAUCCAACGAGAACAUUGGAGGAGCCCUUGAGUACUUCUUGUCAACGGGUAACCUUGUCAGUCCGACUGGUCUUGAUUUGCAACAGACAUCCGGUUACACGGUCAUGGCUGAGAAGAUCAACUUCUACCGAUUCAUCAGUCAUUUCCGCAUGAUUCAUCGUGGUAGUUUCUUUGCACAACUGAAGACCACCACCGUGCGUAAACUUCUGCCUGAGAGUUGGGGUUUCUUGUGUCCUGUUCACACUCCUGAUGGUUCUCCUUGUGGUUUGUUGAACCAUUUGGCACACAAGUGUUUCAUUACCACGGACAACCUUGAUGUCUCACAUCUGCCUCGACUUCUUGUGCAGCUUGGUGUCAAGGCUCAAUCUUCCGUGGCCAUGGAUGAAAGUGUUCCAGUUCAGCUUGACGGCAGAAUCAUUGGUUUCUGUUCACCCGAGCAAGCUCACAAGAUCCACGACACUCUGCGAUACUGGAAGGUCUCCGGCAAGAACAACGUCCCCGUCGGCUUGGAGAUUGGAUAUAUUCCCAACUCCACUGGCGGACAAUACCCCGGUAUUUACAUGUUCUCCCAAGCAGCAAGAUUCUAUCGACCUGUCAAGUAUCUGGCUCUUGAUAAGCUGGACUACGUGGGUCCUUUCGAGCAGCCGUUCAUGGAAAUUGCUUGCGUGGAAUCAGAUCUGAUCGCCGGUCUCUCUACACACAUCGAGUUCACACCAACCAACAUCCUCUCCAUCGUGGCCAACAUGACUCCAUUCUCCGACUACAACCAAUCUCCUCGUAACAUGUAUCAAUGUCAGAUGAGCAAGCAAACUAUGGGUACGCCCGGUACUUCCAUUGCUUACCGUACGGAUAACAAGCUUUACCGCUUACAAACUGGUCAAACUCCUGUUGUUCGCCCACCACUAUACAACGCCUACGGUCUGGACAACUUCCCUAACGGUAUGAACGCUAUUGUUGCCAUUAUCUCCUACACCGGUUACGACAUGGACGACGCCAUGAUUAUCAACAAAUCUUCUCACGAGCGUGGCUUUGGUCACGGAACUAUCUACAAGACCAAGGUGCACAGCUUAGCGGAGAAAGACCGCCGAUCGCGCCGCGAGGUCGGCAAGCUGUUCGGUUUCUGUCCUGGCGAUGAGGUCAAGGCUGAGCUGCGCAAAUUCAUUGACGAUGAUGGUUUGCCUCAUGUUGGUAUUCGUGUGCAGGAGGGUGAUAAGAUUGCUGCGUAUCACAACGUGCGCUUCGAUGCUACGACCAACUCUUACGUUAACGUUGAUGGUGUCACACAUUACCUGAAGUACAAGGAUGCCGAGGCCGGUUACAUUGAGAGUAUUCGCAUCAUGGGAUCUGAGCAUGGCACUGAACCCAUGCAAUCGAUCAGUGUCAAGUACCGCAUUCCUCGUAAGCCCAUCAUUGGUGAUAAGUUCUCUUCUCGUCACGGGCAGAAGGGUGUUUGCUCCCAGCUCUGGCCUUCCAUCGAUAUGCCAUUCUCCGAGAGUGGAAUGCAGCCUGAUCUGAUCAUCAACCCUCACGCUUUCCCAUCUCGUAUGACUAUUGCUCAGAUGAUUGAAUCCAUGGCUGGUAAAGCCGGUGCUCUGCACGGCCACUCCCAAGACUGCACACCAUUCCAGUUCUCCGAAGAGAACACGGCUACCGACUACUUCGGUCACCAGCUCAAGAAGGCCGGCUACAACUACUACGGUAACGAGCCUCUCUACAGUGGUAUCACUGGUCGUGAAUUCGCCGCAGACAUCUACAUGGGUGUGGUAUACUACCAACGUCUCCGUCACAUGGUAAACGACAAAUUCCAAGUGCGUACAACCGGUCCCGUCAACGCCUUAACCGGCCAACCCGUCAAGGGUCGUGCCAAGGGUGGUGGUAUCCGUGUCGGAGAGAUGGAGCGUGAUUCCCUAAUUGCUCACGGAGCCGCCUUCCUCCUCCAAGAUCGUCUGAUGAACUGUUCCGAUUCCCAGCUUGCCUGGCUCUGUCGCUGCUGUGGUUCUUUCCUCUCUACACAAGUUGCUGUUUCCGGCUCUGGCUCUUCCCGUCGCGCUGCUGUUAACCCCGGUGCUGCUGCUGCUGCGGCCAAGGCUGCUCCUAACCAGCAGGCUCCGGGUGGUGCCUCUUCUGUUGGCGGUGCUUUGGGUGGAGUGAAUGGUAUUGUGCGCUGUCGCCGUUGUGCUCGCCAGGCUACUUUCAAUGACUCGCGCGCUGAGGCUUGGGAGGAUGGUGAUGGUCUCCGCUAUGUUGGUGGUGACGAUGUCACUGUUGUUGCUGUGCCUGGUGUUCUUCGAUUCCUGGAUGUCGAGUUGGCGGCUAUGGGUAUCCGCAUGAAGUUCAAGGUGGACAACUAA